UGAAAUUUUGAAUGAAAUUUUAUCUAGAAGAACAUCAGCUUAGAAAUAGUAGAAUCAUAUGGGGAUUGAGGUUAAUUUUGGAAUCAUAGGGGAUAACCGGAUAAGCGUACAAAUUUAGCAAAAUCACAUAAUAUUAGUUCAAUAAUAUUAGUUCAAUAAUUUAGCAAAGUGAUUACAAUGGCGGAUUCGGGCCGCCCCAGCCGCUGCUCGGAUUCUGAAAGCAGCGACUGCAGCCUAAGCCUGGAUUCCGAAAUCCUUUGCCGCCACCGCCACCGCCACCGCAGGCUCAACCACGGGGCCAACAAGAUAAAAGGUUUCUCAAAUUACUACUCGUUCGAUAACCUGUGCGAGAGCUUGUUAAUUGAUAUAUUUUCUAGGCUCCCGUGCCGAACAGCUGCCCAAUUGAAAUUGGUAUGCAAGUUCUGGAAUUCUCUCAUCUCUUCAGCCUAUUUCGUUAGGGUUUUCAAUCACCGCCGUCACGACCCGUUCUCUCCGGCCACACAAGAUCCGGAAUCGCCGCCGUACAGACUUUUAUUCGUAUUUCACCGUCAUCGUAGAUUUCGUAGUAUGGCACAUGACUACCUGUCAGUUGCUCACUGUAGUUCCAGUGGCGCCGUGCGGCGGGUGGACAGGGUUGAUUUGAGUUUUCUUCCACAUCGCAGAAUUGGAGUGAAUGCUUCUUGUGAUGACCUGAUUUUAUGCUCUUUUAGUGAGCCUCCUGGCUCUGAUUGGACAACAGUUUUCUAUGUGUGUAAUCUGCGAACCCGGCAAUGGGUUCAUCUUCCUCCAGCCCUUCAUCCUGGCCACCUUUCAAAAGAUUAUAUCAUCGGCCUGCUCUGUGAUCCUGCACCCUGUUCCCUUUGCCUCCACAAACAUGGAGGAUGUGUAGACAAUAAUCAUGACUUUAAAUUUAUGGUGGUGCUAAUUCGAAAGGUUAAAUUUCAUGAAGGAGAAACAAUUCAAGGUGAGCCGGUUCCCCUGAUGGAGAUGGUGCUCUUUUCAUCCGAAGAUGGUCAAUGGAGGAGUCUUAUGGUUCCAUCCCCGGUGGAUUUAGCAGACAUGGACAAAGGGAAUGUUGUUCCAUAUAAAGGGAAGUUGCACUGGCUGAAUGAGGAUCAUGUUCUAGUGUAUGAUCCUUAUAAUGAUCCGAAUAAACUUUCUCAUGUCAUUAAAUUGCAGCUUGCCGGCUAUCCUUACAUCAAUGGACAGAGCAUUGGCGUGUUCCAAGGUCGACUUCGUGUAGCUUACACUACAUUUCUUGAGGCGCCAAUAUUUCAUUACGUGUGGGAACUCGAGGACUAUGACACGGGGAAGUGGAGGUUGGUGCACAAGCUUCAGGGUACCGAUCUAAAUUCCACAGAGGAGUUUAUCCUUCAUGAUGGAAAUGCUUUCUGCAUGGGAGAAAACAGAUCUCGUGUAUGGCUACUCAACUUGCAGAGAAGAAUGGAGGGUGGGGAUCACGAGUUUGAGUUGGUUGACCGCGACCAUAAAUUUUACUCCCGUAAUGUGGAUGUCUAUCAGAUUGCAGAUCUUUGGUGGCCUACACCAGUGCCACCCUUGACAUGCUACCAAGGUCUGAUAGAUUGGUCCUUGCUUCUGCCUACAGAAGACACACGCAGCUGAGAAAAUGGUUGCCAAAGUUGCGGAAUUGUUCAUGAAUGAUGACGGAGUAGUACGGUAUGAGGCGGUCUUGCGCAGGAAAUGAUCAUACAUUAGAGCUUCUUCUUUAAUUUACUUUUUUUUUUAAUUUUCAUGAAAGAGGAGAAGAUUGUGAAGACGGUGGGUGCUAAUGAAUGAUUUUACACCCUGCUACGUACUAGAAAAAGAUGAGGAGAAGUAGGCUCUUAUUUGUUUCAAAUGUACUGACUUUUUUUUGUGAGGU